AUGAGUUUACGACGACAACCAUCUCGAGCAACUGCCAAACCUUCUCCUGUAUCAUCAUCUCUUUUUAUUAAUUCAACAAUUGAUUUAUUUCUUGAACAAUUUUCUCAAUUUGUUCGUCGUCAUAUAACAGAAAAUAAAAGUGAAACUGUUCUUGUUGCUGGUCCACCAUGUUGUGGUAAAACAAAAUUACUCGAAUAUAUUUUCAAUAAAGUUUAUAAUGAAGAUAUUUCUCUUAAUGAACGUUUAUUUAUUUUUCGUUUAAAUGGUUUAAUUCAUUCUAUUGAAUCAUUAGCUAUACAAGAAAUUUUAUCUCAAUAUAAUAUUCAACAAAAAACUACAAAUGAUUAUCAAUGUGAUAAUCUUCAGAUUUUACUUGAAACAAUAUCAAAUGAAAAAAAAGAUAAAAAAGCUUUUUUUAUUUUUACUCUUGAUCAUUUUGAACAAUUUACAUAUCAAAAAUUAAAUUCUAUACUUUAUACAUUAUUUGAUGCUGUUUAUUUAAAUCAAAAAAGUUAUUCAAUAUUAACAAUAGCUAUAUCAAAUCGUUCUGAUUGUCUUGAAUUACCUGAAAAACGUUUAAAAUCACGUUUUUCACAAAUUUAUUAUAUAUUAUCAUCACCAUCAAUUGAUGAAUAUACAAAAUAUAUUCUUCAAUUAUAUAAAAUAAAAAAAGAUAUACAAAUUCCUAAUGAUUUAUUUAAUUCAUUAACAAAUAUUGAACAAAAAAUAAUUCAUUAUUUACGAGAUUCAAAUAUAAAUAUGAAUGAAAACACUCGACCAGAUCAACAAUUAGAUGGUUGUUUAACACAUUUAGAAUUAUUAUUACUUUUAAUGACAAAUAAUGUUAUUAAACGUAUAGAUGAAAAAUUACAAAAUAAAAUUAAUGGAACAAAUGAAAGUGAUGAUGAUGAUAAUGAUGAUGAAGAAAAUAAAAGUGGUAUUAUGACUGAUACUAAAUUUACUUUUGAUCAAAUUUAUCAUGAAUAUUCGAAAUAUGUUUUGAAAAAUCAAAAAUAUUUUUAUGAUAAAGCAGUUGUUCGAAAGACAUUUCUUCAUUUAAUUGAACGAGGUUUUAUUCGACGUUAUGUUGGUCGAUAUGCUUCAGUAGAUGAACCACUAAGUAGUGAACAUACAAUGAUUAUGGUUAUUAAUAGUGAUGAAUUAAAACAAUAUGUAGAAUCAAAACCUUUACCUGCAGAAAUUAAACGUUAUGCAAAAUUGAAUACAAUUAUUUAA